AUGUCCAUUGGAGCAAAUGCUGUCUUUCGCCCUCAAAAUGGCGUGACGGCAUCAUUAAUAAGGUUUGUCCCGAAUUUCGUCGCGCUUCGGCUAAGCUGGACACAAAAUUCGCUGCGGAGUGAGGGAAUGGAGCAGUUCGUUGAGGAGUACUUGCCUUUAAUACGGGAGAAAAAUCCGCAAAUUAAAUACUUCCUUCAUAGGACGUAUACAGAGUGUGAUCCCUUCGUUGUUGGAGAAUAUACUUGGUUGCGUCAUAGAAAGAAACGUGUGUCUUGGAGGUCAAAACAUCAGAUCCUUUCAAUGGUCGAAGAAAUGUCAAUCGGCGGCGACUACCGUCCAGGACUUAAACGUGGUGUGAACAAACGUCUUCCCCGUGGGCAAGAAUUGUGGGACACCGAGACGAUCGGUCACGAUGUUUUCAAGGUUUACAGUAAAUGGAAGGCCGAUGAAGAUGAUUUAAAGAUCAUAACGUCAGAAAAACAUCCGCACUUUGUACAUAGAAAAUACUAG